UUUGCUGAUUCCCCUUAGCAUAUCCUCUCGUUUUUCAUUUUUUAAUAAAAAAGAUAACUGUAAAACGAGAUCACAGCAUCAUAGAAUGCUAGGGGUUGGAAGGGACCUCUAGAGAUGGUUGAGCCAACUCCCCCUGCCAGAGCAGGAUCACCUAGGGCAGGUCACACAGGAAUACAUCCAGGUGGCUUUUAAAGGUCUUAAAGGAGGAGACUCCACGUCCUCUCCAGGAAGCCUGCCUCAGUGCUCUGUUGCCCUCAGCAUAAAGAAGUGUUGAGGUGGAACCUCCUGUGUUCUAGCUUGUAUUGAUUGUUCCUUAUCCUGUCAUUGGGCACCACUGAAUAAAGACUGGCACCUUUUUCUUGACACCCACCCUUCAGAUAUUUAUAGAUAUUGAUAAGAUGCCCUGUCAGCAUUCUGUUCUCAAGACUAGACAGUCCCCAGUCUCUCUGUCUUUCUUCAUAGGAGAGAUGUUCAAGUCCCACAGUCAUUCUCCUAGCUCUCUGUUGGAUUCUGUCUCUCUUGAACUGGGGAGCCCAAAGCUGUAUUCUAGUUGUGGUCUCACCAGGGCAGAGUAGAAGUGGGACAUAACCUCCCUUCACCUGCUGGAUGCACUCUUAGUGUACCUUAAUGCACUCUUAAUGUACUGUCGCCCUUAUCGUCUAUGAAGGCACGUUGCUGUCCCCUGAAUAACUUGCUGUCCACUAGGACUCCAAGGUCUCUCUUGUUGGGAACUGGCUGAAGGAGAGGGGAUGUGAGCCCCUAGAAGCUUGUACAAUCAAGCCUUGGAUGUGAGGUCUGAGUAUUGAAACACAGUAAGCUGCAGUGGUGUAUGUGAAGAAGCUCAAAGGAAUUUGUCCUUGAGCCUUCUGAUAAACAGCAACUUCUGUGGGACUGUGUCCAGAAUGGGAGGGAGGUUGGCUUCAGUGGAAACCACAGGGCAUUGACAGCAAGACAGCAGAAUGAAGACCAAGUGCUGUGGUCGACUUGUGCUUUGCUCCAAGACAACCAUCUAUACCUUUCUGCUUGGAGGAAUCUUUAUAGCGUUGGGCUCAAGUCGAAUCCUUCUGAUGAAGUACUCUGCCAAUGAAGAUAACAAAUAUGAUUACCUUCCUACGACAGUGAACAUAUGUUCUGAAGUAGUAAAACUGGUCCUGUGUGUGAUUUUGGCACUGUGGGUUAAGAAAAAAGAUCAUGCCUUUGAAUGUCUUUCCUGGAAGAAUUUUUGUAACUCCAUGAAAUGGUCGAUCCCUGCCUUUCUUUACUUUUUGGAUAACUUGAUUGUCUUCUAUGUACUGUCCUACCUCCAGCCAGCAAUGGCUGUGCUCUUCUCCAAUUUUGUCAUUAUAACAACAGCUCUUCUUUUCAGGAUAGUCCUAAAGCGGAAACUCUCUUGGGUACAAUGGGCAUCUCUGGUCAUUUUAUUCCUGUCCAUCGUUGCGCUGACUUUAGGAACUGGAGGCCAUCAGCAAAGCUUGGCUGCACAUGGAUUCCAUCACAGUAUGUUUUUCAGUCCAUCUAACCACUGCCUUCUCUAUGCCGAACCUGAGGAAGCGUGCCAGGAAAAGGGCAACUGUGAAGCACCACGUUUCCUUCCCAGCUUCCAGUGGAAUGUCACCACUACCAUGGCAGGAGCAUUGAAACCUCUCCACCUCAGCCUGGGUCAUCUGCUUAUUCUAGUGCAGUGUUUCAUUUCUGCCCUGGCUAACAUCUACAAUGAAAAGAUCUUGAAAGAUGGAGAUCAGCUUGCUGAAAGCAUCUUCACACAGAACAGCAAACUCUAUGCCUUUGGGGUGCUGUUCAAUGGGCUUAUGCUGGGGCUGCGGACUAAGGACCGGAGGCAGAUAGAGAACUGUGGUUUCUUUUAUGGGCACAACAUCUUCUCAGUGGCUCUCAUAUUUGUCACAGCAUUCCUGGGGCUGUCUGUAGCCUUCAUCUUAAAAUUCCGAGACAAUAUGUUCCAUGUUAUGACUGCUCAGAUCACCACUGUCAUCAUCACCACCGUCUCUUUCAUCAUUUUUGACUUCAGACCUUCUCUAGAGUUCUUUUUGGAAGCUCCUGUAGUGCUUCUCUCCAUAUUCAUCUACAAUUCCAGUAAACCAAGAGGCCUAGAAUACUUCACUCUGCGGGAAAGGGGCAAACUUGUCAAAGGAGAUGCAUGGGAGAGGUCAAGCGGGGAUGGAGAAGAAUUUGAGAGAUUGAACAAACCAAGUAGUGACAUUGAUACAGAUGAAGAUUCUCUCUAGCAUGAAGCUGGCUCAGAGGAGAGCUAAAUUACUCAUAGUGAGAGACUGUUAAUAUCUUAUUAAUACAGAGAAGGGUCAUUUUUCUCCCCUUGCAAGCCAAUUGAGACUGUUGUAGGGCUGGAUUUCACAGGUGAAUGAGGAAAACACUGAAGCCCUAUAUAUAGUGAGUUGCAUUCCAUCCUCCUAUCCAUCAGGAGUUCAGAAUCCUGUUGAAAGGACCAACUGUAACUGAUGCAGAUAAGAGAGGCUUGGACCUUGGUCUUGGUGACAGGUGCUGCGUUGUGGAAGGGCAGUCUUGGACUCUAAUCAUGUCUUGUCUCGAGUCACUGUUAACUUCCUGUAUGAAUUCCUUGCUUAGCAGAGCAGAGAUGAAACUGUUCACCUCCCAGAAGCAAUAUGAGCAUUGAUUAAUGUUUUUGCUGCAUCUUCCAGCAUACAAAUGCUCCAGUAAGUUUUAUUUUCAUAAAUAAUGAGUCAUAUUGGCUGGUUUACUGUAUUUUGGUAAUUCAGAUCAACACAUGCCUAGCUGAGUAAAAGACUUCCUCUGAAUCAACCUCAUCAAACUUCCACUUGAGAAUGUAUAAUAAAUCAAAUCCUUUGGGUUAAGGGUAUGUUGAUCCGUCAGACGUCUAGCUUGUGAUUUGAGUUUGAAUGGUCUUAAUUCUGUCUUCAGUCCUGUUCUUACACCAGUGUAAUGCUAUACCGACUCCUGUGGAGUCCUGUCUUUGUGAUUUUUCUCUGAUGUGGCUGAGAGCAGAAUACAUUUCACUGAUUUCAGCCACUAGUUGUCCUCACGUUUUCAGUGUGAGACCUUUGUGUGCCUGUCUCCCAGCGUCUGGGGAAAUGACAUGUGGAAUGCCUUCAUAGCAGAUAGCAAAUUUUACAUGGAAUUUGUGUGGCUUAACUUUGAAAGAGCUUGAAUAAAACAAAAACUGUGUUACAUGUUGUGAA